GCACCCCCCUCCUCCGCCCGGCGGCAGGCAGACGGCCCGAGGACAGGCUCGGAAGCCCGAAAUUUCCUCCCUGGGAUUUGCCAGCGCCGCGCUGCGCCAAGACCGCCGGGAUAAAGGACGCCGCCGCCUGUCUUAUUAGCUUAUUAAUUGGUCAGCGCGAAGCUCGCGGGCGAGGAGAGGGUACGCCUGUCACCCUUCCUGCGCUAGGAUUGAAAAAUGAGGCUGGAUUGGGGGAAGCCCUGAAAGGAGGCGACAGGAACGAGAUUUUUCUAAGGACAGCGAGCCGCGGGGGCCCCCACAUCGCGCACUUUUAUUUGUCAUUUUUAAUUUUUUAUUUUUCCCGUGGCGGUGGGGGAGGCGAGCGGGUGGCUGGCGGGCUGCGGGAAGCUGCUUCCUUUCCCGUUGGAGAUGAUUGUGCUAUUCUUCUUUGCCUGGCUCUGGAUGGUGGAGGGAGUCUUUUCCCAGCUUCGCUACACGGUGCAGGAGGAGCAGGAACAUGGCACUUUCGUGGGGAAUAUCGCUGAAGAUCUGGGCUUGGACAUUACAAAACUUUCGGCUCGCCGCUUCCAAACGGUGCCCAAUUCGCGGACCCCUUACCUGGACCUCAACCUGGAGACCGGGGUGCUGUACGUGAACCAGAAGAUCGACCGCGAGCAGAUCUGCAAGCAGAGCCCCUCCUGCGUCCUGCACCUGGAGGUCUUCCUGGAGAACCCCCUGGAGCUGUUCCGGGUGGAGAUCGAGGUGCUGGACAUCAACGACAACCCCCCCGCGUUCCCGGAGCCGGACCUGACGGUGGAGAUCUCGGAGAGCGCCACGCCGGGCACCCGCUUCCCGCUGGAGAGCGCCUUCGACCCGGACGUGGGCACCAACUCCCUGCGCGACUACGAGAUCACCCCCAACAGCUACUUCUCGCUGGACGUGCAGACCCAGGGCGAUGGCAACCGCUUCGCCGAGCUGGUGCUGGAGAAGCCGCUGGACCGCGAGCAGCAGGCGGUGCACCGCUACGUGCUGACCGCGGUGGACGGGGGCGGCGCGGGGGGGCCCGGCGGCGAGGGCGCGGGCGGGGGGCUGCCCCCGCGCAGCAGCAGCAGCAGCAGCCAGCAGCAGCGCACCGGCACGGCCCUGCUCACCAUCCGCGUGCUGGACUCCAACGACAACGUGCCGGCCUUCGACCAGCCGGUCUACACCGUGUCGCUGCCCGAGAACUCGCCGCCCGGCACGCUGGUGAUCCAGCUCAACGCCACCGACCCCGACGAGGGCCAGAACGGCGAGGUGGUCUACUCCUUCAGCAGCCACAUCUCGCCGCGGGCGCGCGAGCUCUUCGGCCUGUCCCCGCGCACCGGCCGGCUGGAGGUGAGCGGCGAGCUGGACUACGAGGAGAGCCCGGUGUACCAGGUGUACGUGCAGGCCAAGGACCUGGGCCCCAACGCCGUGCCCGCGCACUGCAAGGUGCUGGUGCGGGUGCUGGACGCCAACGACAACGCGCCCGAGAUCAGCUUCAGCACCGUGAAGGAGGCGGUCAGCGAGGGCGCGGCGCCCGGCACGGUGGUGGCCCUGUUCAGCGUGACCGACCGCGACUCGGACGAGAACGGGCAGGUGCAGUGCGAGCUGCUGGGGGACGUGCCGUUCCGCCUCAAGUCCUCCUUCAAGAACUACUACACCAUCGUGACCGAGGCGCCCCUGGACCGCGAGGCGGGCGACGCCUACACCCUGACCGUGGUGGCGCGCGACCGCGGCGAGCCGGCGCUGGCCACCAGCAAGUCCAUCCAGGUGCAGGUGUCGGACGUGAACGACAACGCGCCGCGCUUCAGCCAGCCGGUGUACGACGUGUACGUGACCGAGAACAACGUGCCGGGCGCCUACAUCUACGCCGUGAGCGCCACGGACCGCGACGAGGGCGCCAACGCGCAGCUCGCCUACUCCAUCCUCGAGUGCCAGAUCCAGGGCAUGAGCGUGUUCACCUACGUGUCCAUCAACUCCGAGAACGGCUACCUGUACGCGCUGCGCUCCUUCGACUACGAGCAGCUCAAGGACUUCAGCUUCCAGGUGGAGGCCCGCGACGCCGGCAGCCCCCAGGCGCUGGCCGGCAACGCCACGGUCAACAUCCUCAUCGUGGACCAGAACGACAACGCGCCGGCGCUCGUGGCGCCCCUGCCCGGGCGCAACGGCACCCCCGCGCGCGAGGUGCUGCCCCGCGCGGCCGAGCCGGGCUACCUGCUGACCCGCGUGGCGGCGGUGGACGCGGACGACGGCGAGAACGCGCGGCUCACCUACAGCAUCGUGCGCGGCAACGAGAUGAGCCUGUUCCGCAUGGACUGGCGCACCGGGGAGCUGCGCACCGCGCGCCGCGUGCCGGCCAAGCGCGACCCCCAGCGGCCCUACGAGCUGGUGAUCGAGGUGCGCGACCACGGGCAGCCGCCGCUGUCCUCCACGGCCACCCUGGUGGUGCAGCUGGCGGACGGCGCCGUGGAGCCCCCGGGCGCGGGCGCGGGCGGGGCCGGGGGCGCCGGGGAGCACCAGCGCCCCAGCCGCGCGGGCGCCGGCGGGGAGACCUCGCUGGACCUCACCCUCAUCCUCAUCAUCGCGCUGGGCUCCGUGUCCUUCAUCUUCCUGCUGGCCAUGAUCGUGCUGGCCGUGCGCUGCCAGAAGGAGAAGAAGCUCAACAUCUACACGUGCCUGGCCAGCGACUGCUGCCUGUGCUGCUGCUGCGGCGCCGGGGGCCCGGCCUGCUGCGGCCGCCAGGCCCGCGCGCGCAAGAAGAAGCUCAGCAAGUCCGACAUCAUGCUGGUGCAGAGCUCCAACGCGCCCAGCAACCCGGCGCAGGUGCCCGUGGAGGAGUCGGGGGGCUUCGGCUCCCACCACCACAACCAGAAUUACUGCUACCAGGUCUGCCUGACCCCCGAGUCCGCCAAGACCGACCUGAUGUUCCUCAAGCCCUGCAGCCCGUCGAGGAGCACGGACGCGGAGCACAACCCCUGCGGGGCCAUCGUCACCGGCUUCGCCGACCAGCAGCCCGACAUCAUCUCCAACGGGAGCAUUUUGUCCAACGAGACUAAACACCAGCGAGCAGAGCUCAGCUAUCUAGUUGACAGACCUCGCCGAGUGAACAGUUCUGCAUUCCAGGAAGCCGACAUAGUAAGCUCUAAAGACAGUGGCCAUGGGGACAGCGAGCAGGGUGACAGUGACCACGACGCCACCAACCGCGGCCAGUCAGCUGGCAUGGACCUCUUCUCCAACUGCACCGAGGAAUGUAAGGCGCUGGGCCACUCGGAUCGGUGCUGGAUGCCUUCCUUCGUCCCGGCAGACGGGCGCCAGGCCGCCGACUACCGCAGCAACCUGCACGUGCCCGGCAUGGACUCAGUCCCCGACGCAGAGGUGUUCGAGGCUCCGGAAGCCCAGCCCGGGGCGGAGCGGUCCUUCUCCACCUUUGGCAAAGAGAAGGCCCUGCACAGCACCCUGGAGAGGAAGGAGCUGGACGGACUGCUGUCUAAUACACGAGCGCCUUACAAACCACCAUAUUUGACACGGAAAAGGAUAUGCUAGUCAAUUCUACAGGACUUACCUGAAGCAGCAUGAUUUGCACAAAGUCGACCAACAAAAGCAUCAACUUUUCAACUUCAUUAUCUUGGCCAUCAGUUAGUUGCGUGUAACUGAGUGUUAGAUGCCGGCGGGAUCAUCGUGGCCGCUCUAGGACCUAAUUGCUCUCAGCAGGCCUGAGAAAUGAGUUGAAGUGUGCAGAACUGUAGAAACUUUUGAGGCAGCUGCUUCUGCCUCUGCGAUCAGUGUGUGCCUGUUUACAGCACUCUAUCUUUCUCUCUCCAAAUGUCACUGAGCCCUCUAGAUGUUUCUAUCCACCACGAGAAGCCAGUCAUAAUGAAAAAGGAAAUUUUUGCAUUCUAAAUGCAAUACCACUGUUUUAAACUUGACUGUUUUAUAUUAUUUUUGUGUGAUCAAGUGUCCCCCAAACUAUUCCAACUUUACAAGAGAGAUUGUGAUUCUGUUGUUUUCACCUGUGGGUUAUAAAAAAUGUUGUAUUCUGACGACCCACAAAAUAUCAAAGACAUUCUGUAGUUUAUACACCGUGUGGCAAAGUGUUUACUGUACUAUUUCAAAGCUUCUAAAUAAAUAUAAAAUAUAUAUAUUAUAUUAUAUAAAUUUCCUAAAAUGUGGUACAACUCAGUUGGUUUUUGACUGGACUCAUGCAGUCCACAUCAUACUAUAAAUUAAAAGGUAAUUCAGGGUCCCAAAGAUAAAGUUACUUAGGAAAAAAAAAUCACCAUUGGUAGUUUCCUCCCAGUUUUCAUAGUGUAUUCAACCCUGUUUUUCCUUGUUUAAAAGAAAGAGAAGCUCUAAGCUACAAAAUUUUGUCGAGAACUCAAGCUGAAUUUUCAAUGCCAAAGAUAUAGCUGUCGAUGUGUGAGGAGCACGGAAGGGCACUGUCAAAAUAUCUAACGAGCAACGUUAUUUCGAUUCUAUUUCUAUGGCUUUGAAUUUAGACUCAUUUCAAGCUUUUAUAAAGAAUCUAUAAAUUCACCUGUAUUUGUUGUUAGAAAAAACACUGGGUGUCUGUACAUUUUGUGGUGUAAAAUAUGUAAUUGAAGAUUACUAUUUUGAGAAGUCCUCAAUCAUAGAACUCACACAGAAUUUUAUUUUACAUAGUUUUACAUAGUUUUGUGACUCUUAACACAUGGAUAUAAAAUCUAUUUAUAACUCUCUAUGAAGAUAUAGAGACAGAUAAAUAUCUGAACUGGUAAAGAAUAACUAUAAGAUAGAAAGCAUCUCUAAAUUUGAAGCAGAUUAACUUGGAAGUAGACACAUGGUGCAUAAUUGUUUUAAUAUUAUCUUGUUUGUGACAAUUUGAUAGCAGAAAUGUAGUCAGUGUUUUAUGAAGGAGAAAAUUCUUCAUGAAUCAACCUUGAAAAGUGAAGUUUGCCAUUUCCUUCUAUGUCAACAUGGUCAAUUAUUAAAUUCAGAAAGAUGCA